GUUCGUUUACUUGGUGAAGGUGGGGGCUGAGGUCGUUUGGGGCCGUUGAACACUGAAGAGCUGUUUAACAUUGAAAAGAGCUGUGUAACACUGAAGAGCUGUGUAACACUGAAGAAGAGUUGUGUAACACUACAGAAGUGUGUGGUAGCUAUGCCAGAGUUGUCGUCUAAAAGUGCUACCAUUUCCAAGAAGGGCUUUAAGAAAGCUGUCGUUAAGACCCAGAAGAAAGAAGGCAAAAAGCGCAAGAGGACCCGGAAGGAGAGCUAUUCUAUUUAUAUUUACAAGGUGCUAAAGCAGGUCCAUCCGGACACUGGAAUCUCUUCCAAAGCCAUGAGUAUUAUGAAUUCCUUCGUCACUGAUAUCUUUGAGCGUAUAGCGAGUGAGGCAUCACGCUUGGCUCACUACAACAAGCGCUCCACCAUCUCUUCCAGAGAGAUUCAGACAGCAGUGCGCCUGCUCCUGCCGGGAGAGCUGGCUAAACAUGCCGUGUCUGAGGGCACCAAAGCUGUCACUAAGUACACCAGCUCCAAAUAAGCCUGCCAAGUAAACGUCAUUUCUAACCCAAAGGCUCUUUUCAGAGCCACUUA